AUGUCCUCUUCCCCAUCGUUCGUGAUACAGUUGUUGCUCAGUUUGGAACGAAUGGGAAAUAAUGAUGCCUCCCUUUUCAGCUGGGACACCUGGGAUGUGGACGAGAGAUUUGUAAGGCAAAUCAUCGAAGCAGCGAACCGACGAGCAGGCAAAAUUAUAACCGACGAAGACAAGGCACGUCGACAACGUCAAAUGAAAAACGCCGAGAAAGUGAAGGAGCUUGCAAUGGCUAUAUCAAAAAAGAACAAUUCCGUAGCCGAACGAGAAAUGGACCCAGUGAGAAGAGCAGCUCUACAGGUGAAGGUUCAACGGUUAAAAGAAGAGUUUGAUAAAAAGCUAGCUAAACAUCGGCAAGUACUUCAUAGCGAUCUGGUGCGUAUUGCACAGGUGACGUUAGCUGAUUUUAGCUGA